AUGAGUUCUCAUCUGCCAAGAGCAAUUAAUUUGUCUCAGCUUCAGCCUCAACAACUUCUCGAGUUAAGAAAAUCGACAGAACAAGAGGUCAAUCACUUCACUAAUUCGUUACAGGCUUUGCAAACAGCCCAAUCAAAAUUGAAGGACUGUAUUACCAGUAUAAAUAAAAUGGAAGCAUCUGACUCGAAGGACUUAUUGGUACCUUUGACAAGCUCUUUAUAUCUUCCAGGAAAGGUGGAAGCAAAAGAUAAUUAUCUCGUAGAUAUUGGAACAGGUUACUUCGUAUCAAAACUGGCAAAAGAUGCUCGAAAAGUAUAUGAAACUAAAAUAAUCAAGUUGGAUAACGAUGCCAAAAAGUUGAAGGAUAUAUUGUUGCAAAAGAAUGAAAUAAUGAAUAGCAUCAAUAUGACAUUAAGAAGUAAGAUGAUAGAGUAUGAAAAACAACAGGAGCAGCAACAGCAGAGCUAG